AUGUUUCGAUUCCACAAAACCAAAGAUGUGAUCACCCUUUUCCACAAGGCGAGCUCGCCAGCUUCCAUGAAGGUCAACUCUCUCCUCAAGCAAGUAUCUGCCAACGCCAGCGAGUAUGCCACCCAAGACCAAGCCAGCGAUCACUCUAGGCAAAGCAAGCCUCAACGCCCCGAGUUCGAGCUCGAAGUCACCGAGGAGCCCCCUACCACAGACCAGCUAAAGAGCAUCCUGGAAUACGUCGGAGCUCAGAAGGCGGGCACGAUCAUCAAGGGUGCCAGAGACGAGGCGGAUGCGAUGAAGAAGCUGAAGGAGAGCUCGGAAAACUUCCAGGCCCCUGUCACAGUCGAUUGGGCGAAUGGAAAAGCGGUUCCUGGUGCGAAUGAAUCGGAGAUCUUGAAAAUGAUUGACAGUCUGCCGAAAUAA